UAAUCAGUCCUUGAUACAUAAGAUAGAUAGUUGGAUAGAUAUAGUGAUUGAUAUGGCAUCAUCCACGAGUAGGAGUAUAGGCUUAUGCCCAUCUCCAAUCUUCCCACCAAAGCAUUAUUCCCACUUGUCCCGCCAAACAAUCAGAAUGGCAACUCCUCCUCCUCCUUAUGCGGUGGCUUCUUCAGGCAAAUCUAGUACUACUCUUACAGAGUACGUGGGUGAUGGAGGUGUCGGUGUGGGAGAUGAUCUUGUGCUGCUCUUCCAUCACAUAGAGUAUGCCUGCAAGAGAAUCGCAGCUCUUGUGGCCUCUCCUUAUAAUAAUUCAAGCCUUGCCAAACCCAUGUCUCUGCCCACUGCUACUGGGUCUGACCGAGAUGCACCCAAGCCCCUCGACAUUGUUUCGAAUGAAAUCAUCUUUUCAUCUCUUAGAAAUUCUGGAAAAGUAGCUGUCAUGGCUUCAGAAGAAGAUGAUACUCCAGUUUGGAUAUCUGAUGAUGGUCCGUACGUAGUGGUAACAGAUCCUCUAGACGGUUCACGAAACAUUGAAGCAUCCAUUCCCACCGGAACAAUCUUUGGGAUUUAUAAACGACUUGCAGAGCUCGAUCAUCUACCAAAGGAGGAGAAGGCUUUGCUGAAUUCACUCCAGGUUGGAACUAGGCUUGUAGCUGCUGGCUAUGUUCUUUAUUCAUCAGCCACAAUAUUCUGUACCAGCUUUGGUGCAGGAACACAUGCAUUUACGCUGGAUCAUUCAACAGGAGAUUUCAUUCUCACACACCCAAGUUUAACAAUUCCUCCUCGCGGACAAAUAUAUUCUGUAAAUGAUGCUCGAUACUUUGACUGGCCUGAAGGGUUAAGGAAGUAUAUAGACACUGUGAGACAAGGGAAAGGCAGAUACCCCAAGAAGUAUUCUGCCCGUUAUAUCUGUUCUUUGGUAGCUGAUUUUCAUCGAACUCUUCUGUAUGGUGGAGUUGCAAUGAAUCCAAGGGACCAUCUACGUCUUGUUUAUGAAGCUAACCCUCUUAGCUUCCUGGUGGAGCAAGCUGGGGGUAAGGGUUCUGAUGGUAAAAAUAGAAUUCUUUCAAUACAGCCAAUCAAGCUGCAUCAGAGGCUGCCCCUAUUUCUGGGAAGUCUAGAGGACAUGGAUGAGUUAGAGAGUUAUGGAGAUGUACAGCAGAAAGUGAACCCAGGAUAUGAGGUAUGAGUGGUCAUUAAGAAGCUAUUUUGACUCCUGAAACCCCUUAGAUCAAACCGUAUUAGUGAUGCUAUUCACUAUGUUCUCAGCUACUAGAUAAACAUGAAGAGUUUAGGGGGGUGAAACAUCAGGUCACCUGAAUCUGAUCAUGUAAAUAGUGCUAAACUCUGUAUGGUGUAUAUGUAAUUUCCUGUAAUUAGAUGCUCCUGUUUUUUAUGCAAUAAGUGGCAAAAUUUUGCCAUCUCUUGAUACCUGAAUAGUAUUGAUCAUCUAAUUGAACUGCUUCAGGCCAAAGCUAUUGGUGGUGAAGUAUUUGAUUUUUAA